UCUAUGACAAUUAUCUCUUAACGAAAGAUUCUUUUUAAGUCGUCAUGUAUGAAACGAAGUGAUCUUUUCGUUCAUAUUCUUAACAGGUCGGUCUCUCUCCUGCUAUUCAAAAUCUUAGUACUGCCACAUCGAUGAAGAUGACCAAGGUUUUCCAAGCGUUUCUCAUGCUCCAACCCCAACUCGUAGACCUUAUCCACGAGAUGCAGCCAGAUUGUAUCGUUUCUGACGUCUUUUACCCAUGGACGAGUGAUGUGGCAGCCGAGCUCAGAAUCCCACGGCUUGCCUUCAACGGUUCAAGCUUCUUCAGUUAUUGUGCGGAACAAUGUAUAAAGGAGCAUAAGCCACAUCUUGAAGUUGAAUCCAACAAUGAAAAGUUCAAACUUCCGGGGUUGCCUGAUGUUAUUGAAAUGGUGAGAUCUGAGUUGCCAAGUUGGAUCACUAGACAUAAACCAGAUGGUUUCUCACAAUUGCUUGAUGUCAUUAGAGAAUCAGAGAAACGAUGCUAUGGAAUGUUGAUGAAUAGCUUUCAUGAAUUGGAAGCCUCAUAUGAAGAACACUUGAAUAAGAUUAUAGGGAUCAAAACAUGGAGCAUAGGGCCAGUAUCAUUGUUGGCAAACAAUGAAAUUGAAGAUAAAGAAUCAAGAGGUGGAAACCCCAACAUUCAAACCACCAACUUACUCCAAUGGCUCAAUGAGAAAGAACCAAAUUCAGUUCUCUACAUCAACUUCGGAAGCUUGAUUCAGAUGAGUCGUAACCAAAUAACCGAAAUAGCACAUGCGAUUCAAGAAUCCAGUCAAAGUUUCAUCUGGGUCAUAAAAAAGAACGACGAAGACAACGAUGACGACGUAGUAAACAAAGGGUUACCAAAAGGGUUUGAGGAGAGAAUGAGUAGAACCAAAAAGGGUUUGAUAAUAAAGGGAUGGGCUCCACAAUUGAUGAUAUUAGAGCACAAAAGUGUUGGAGGGUUUUUGACUCAUUGUGGUUGGAACUCAAUUCUUGAAGGAAUAAGUUCAGGCUUACCAAUGAUCACAUGGCCAUUGUUUGCUGAACAGUUUUACAAUGAGAAGUUGUUGAUUGAAGUGGUGAAGAUUGGAGUGGGAGUUGGGUCAAAGAAAUGGUGGCAUUUGGGAGAAGAACCAGAAAUUAUUAAGAGGGAAGAGAUUGGUAAGGCCAUAGCUUUUUUGAUGGGUGAAAGUGUUGAAGCUUUGGAAAUGAGAGAGCUAAAGAAAUGGGAGAGGCUGCAAAAACAAGUGUGA